AUUUGUUUCUUUUUUUCUCUUUCUUUUUCACUAGAUGAAGUGGAUAUUGCUUAAUUUCUUUUUUAAAUAAUAAUUCAAAAAAAAAAAAAGAUAUGAAUAGUGAUCACUCUUCGUCUGCUACUUCACAAUACCAUGCUCAGCUCUAUUCUGGACAGAAACAAUUACAAAAAAAGCAUCAACAACAACAACAACAACAACAACAACAACAACAACAACAACAACAACAACAACAACAACAACAACAACAACAACAGCAUAACAAAUGUAAAUCCAAUAAGCCAACAUCAAUUAACUAUAAAUUACUUUCAUUUGAAGCCCCCAACUUGUAUAAUACAUCAUUAAAACUAACAAGUGAAAUUGAAAUUCAUGCUUGGUGGGAAUCUCUUGUUAGAAUAUUUUCAGGCAAUUCUUUCCAUGCUACCCGGAUUGCAUUGAGUAUUCCUCAAGACCCAAAUGACCCCUAUAAUGGUCCAUGGGGAUUAAAAGCUGUUUACAACAAGACUGGUUCGAUCAGUCGAGAAUCAGAUUCCUCGUCCAUCAAUCACAGUCUAAGCGAAGAUCAACAUUUUUCAGGCACUGAAGAUGAAACACACUAUGAUUAUUUUUUACAUAGCCAUGCUAUGCAUGAAACAGGCCCACGCCAUGUUCCUUGGUGUUUUGAACGCCUACAGCCAUUUGAAUCAGAACCUGAACCCUUGAUCAAUAAUCCCAGCGUGAAUCGGAUUCUGAAGAGAAAUGCACCUGUAGUACUCUCAAGAGAAUACCGCCGAAAAUCAUCUACAAAACGUCAAUUUGGCAGUGAAGAUUUGGGUCUUGAGAUAUUCAAAAGAGCCCUUUUAGAACAAACGGUUGAUAAAUCAAGAAAGACAAAUUGGUCUUUACCUAUCAUUACCACACCUUGCUUUAAAGAUGAGCCUUCUGAAAUCCUAGUCGAUGGUUCCUUCUUGUCGAAUGAUGAGAACAGUAGUGCGAAUGACAAUGCCAGUGAACACAAUCAAAGUGCAGCCAAUACACCUUCUGCCACCACCACUUUUCUUCAAGACUUUGAUGAAUAUGAACAACAACAACCCUCACCAUGGUCACAAUCACCUGCUCCUUCUCCAGCCAUUAUGGACCCUGAUAUCAACCCUUUCUUUCAGUCUCCACCUGAUAUUGAUGAUGAAGCAUUUAACCCAGUAUCACCUGAAUCUUAUGAUAAUACGUCUGUACCAUUUCCACCUCCCAUAUCCAAUGUACAUUCUGUUGUACAUGUACCUCUAUUUCAUCCUUCUGAUGUGAUUGAAUUCCAACAUCAACACCAGCAUCUAUCUACUACUAUUAAUACUAAUCAUUCCACUAAUACCAGCAUCAACAGAAAUAACCCAACACCUAUUGCCAUUUUGUCCUUUUUGGCACCUAUUGUCCCUUAUCCACCUGUCUUGCUGUCGAGUAUUGCAUCUCUUUCACCUUUUAUUGCUGCCAGUUUUACAAAUGCAAACCAAAACUCAAAAAACAAGAAACAAAACCAAUUCCAUCAUCGCACACAAGAAGAAGUAUUGCUUCAUUCAGACGAGGAUGGCACAAAGCAGCAUUCCGAUAUCGAUGGAGACGAUGAACACGACGAAGAAGAAGAUCAUGCUCAUCAUGAAGAGUUUGACUACUUCCAUCAGAUGGACAUAACACCUACUUAUCCAGAGCAUUUGAAAAGACCAGACCAUUUAGGCUGUAUGUCUAACUUUACACGUAGUUCAUUAGAGACCGUGACAGAACAACAACAGACACCUACUCAGUUAAGAAAAGAUUCAGCCAAUAGUGAUUUGUCCUCUUCUUAUGCUUCUACAUUCUCUAGUGUGCCAGCAAAUGAUCAAGAUGAAGCAAGACCCCUUGUGUCUCAACGAAAAAGAUCUUCACAGACGACAAUUGCUUCACCCAGAGAAAGAAAACCAAGUCGUUCUGGUUCUUCUUCUUCUUACAAGGCGCUUUCUCCUUCUUCUGUGGCUGUGAUGGAAGGAUGGGGUGCUGUUUCUCCAACGACAGGCCUGCCUAUCUCUGCUUCUAUUCCUCCUCAUAAUAUGUGCAGUAACAAGUAUUGUGCCAAACAGUGCCUUAAUCACCAUACUUCAUUUAUGGACACUGAUGAAGAUAUACUUACCAAGACAACAGAUACAGAAGAUGAGAGCAGAAUACUCUCUUUAGAAAGCCAUGAAGAUCAAGAUACAGACGAUGUCAAGAGUAUCAAACCAGCAGUUUUGAAAAAACCUUACCUUGUCAACAAAAGAAGACCCAAAAAGACCAAACGAUACAAGCGACGCUCGCUUACGAAAAAGUACUUUGAUGAUGAUGGUUUUCAUUACCAUAACCAGUCCAACAAAAAUAGUCGCAAUGGCAUUGAUCGCCUACUUGUGGCUCCUAAAUCCAGUCUGCUUCGUUUGAUUAUUGAUGGCAUUCCGAUUCAUGUCUUUACGUGUUCUACUGCUACAGGCCAAGUCACUUGGGUCAACAACCGUACAUUGCAAUACACCGGUCGAUCAUUGAAAGACCAUUUAGGAUCUCGCUGGUUGUCGCAUAUGCACCCUGACGAUCAGCCAGAAUGCAAAAAAGCUUGGGAAUUAUCUUUUGAGCAAGGCAAUGGAUUUGCUGGUGAAUACCGAUUAAGACGUUUUGAUGGUGCCUAUCGUUGUUUCUUGUGGCGCAUUGUACCUUUAAGAGAUUUAAAGGGUCGAAUUAUCCAUUGGUUUGGAACAUGUACGGAUAUUCAUGAUCAACGUGUAGCCAAAGAGAACAAUUUGCGUCAAAUGGAAAUUGAGAACAAUGAGCGCAAAUAUAGAUUACUUGCAGAGGCCAUUCCACAAAUUGUGUUUACACUUUCACCUCAAGUAGGCAUUACUUAUACCAAUGGAAAAUGGAAUAUGUAUUCAGGCAGAUCGUUUGAUCAGACCAUGGGACUUGGGUUUAUGUCGUGUGUGCAUGCAGAAGAUAGAACCAAACUCCAAUUACCUGAUUUACCUGCAUUAAAGAAUAAGGCAGGCAUAUCUUGGCAAUCUGAAGUACGUUUGUUGAGUGUGAGUGAUGAGUACCGUUGGUUUCUGGUAAAAUGUAUUUCUGUCGAUGAAUUGGAUACAGGGGAUAUUCGUUGGUUUGGUACCUGUACGGAUAUCAAUGAUCAUAAAUUACUGGAACAAAAACUCAAAGAAGCUCAUGAUGCAGCACAAAAAUCCACAGAGAGUAAAACUCGAUUCUUGUCCAACAUGUCGCAUGAAAUUCGUACACCCUUGAUUGGUAUUACAGGCAUGCUUAACUUCUUAUUGGAUACAGAAUUGACAGCAGAACAAAUGGAUUAUGUGCACACCAUUCAACAAUCAGCAGAAUCAUUGUUGGUGGUCAUUAAUGACAUUCUUGAUCUCAGUAAAGUGGAAGCAGGCAUGAUGACACUUGAAUGGGAACCUUUCAGUUUGAUUACCAUGAUUGAAGAUGCAAAUGAAUUACUGUCUACAUUAGCUAUUCAAAAGAAUUUAGAACUUAGUUUCUGGGUAGAUGAUGAUGUGCCUGAUGUAGUGACAGGUGAUCGUGUUCGAUUAAGACAAGUCUUACUUAAUUUGAUUGGUAACGCUAUCAAGUUUACAAGCGAAGGCGAAGUGUUUACAAAAUGUGUUGUUGAAAAGCAUGACAAAGAAGAAUCAGAACUGACAUUGCUGUUUGAGGUGGUUGAUACGGGUACUGGUUUUGAUGCAGCAGAAGAAUCUGUCAUGUUUAAACCUUUCUCUCAGGUUGAUAGUUCUAGUACAAGAAAGCAUGGUGGUAGUGGUCUAGGUCUCGUUAUUUCCCGACAACUAAUUGAACUUCAUGGUGGUAAAAUGAACUGCAAGAGUCAAAAGGGCAAAGGAUCUACCUUCUUCUUUACUGUCAAAUUUGGUAUUCCUACCUCACAAACAAAGCCUUUACCUCAAACACCUCAAAAUGAAACCAAUAAUGAUCCUUUUUUUAGAUCCAAUGGUUUCAAUAACAAUACCUCACUGAUGAUAGAAGACCGAAAGAAUGCCAUGCCCUAUGUCAAUACGAAAGACAAUCAGCCCUUAGAUAGCAACCAACGAUUUAUACCCAAGACAACGGAUAAUUCUUCUCCUGCCGAAAUUCUGCAAGAUGUAUUAAUGACAAAAGCAGCUGCUAUGCAACUUAAGCCUCCACCGGUUCGUAAUUCACCACCUACCGCCGUUGCGGCUGCUGUGGCUGCUGCUGCCACGGCUGCCACUUCUAUAGGUAACAAAGUACUCUUGUCUAAACUACCCUCAGAAACACCUGAACCUAAACCUGAAUCAGAAACACAUAAGAGAUCGACCGAAUUACGUAUUCCUACUAUUGGUGCAGGACCUGGUUUAUCUUCUUCUCAUGGUGUGAUUAUUUUACCUCCUCGAACACCUACGCAUGCAUCGCCCUUACGAGCGUUAGUGAUAUCUCAAUGGAAACACUCUCGCGAAUCCAUGGAAAAGCAUAUCAAGUCAAUCUUGGAUAGCAUUGUUCAUCAAGAAUGCGUCAAUGCAAACGGCACUCAUUAUCAUGUGGAUUCACUCACAAAUCAGAUUGAAGCAACAGAAUGGCUUUCAGAUCCGCACACACCACCCUACGAUUAUAUCAUGAUCAACUUGUCUUCUGAACAACAAAUCUUAUCCUUGACAAGAACUAUUUGUGGAUCAUUGCAGCAACAGAAAGCAAGUGUCUUAGUGGUGACAACACCUAUGCAACGUUCUUUGAUUACCGAAAGUGCUAAAGGUCGUGAAGAUCAAGUCAUUCCUCAAACCUGCGGAUUUGUAUUUAAGCCAUUAAAACGAACUAAACUAAGAUGGUACUUUGGUGUGCGUCAACAAGAGUCCAAAAUCAAUUCAAACGACAAGAACAAUCAUUGCUUGUCAGUCAAUAGUGCUGUAUCUACGCCUGACACACCUUACAGAAGAGCUGCUACUCAAAAAGAGAUAUUUAGAAAGAUGAAGUCUGAAGUAGGUGGUAAAGGUUAUCGUGUAUUGCUUGUAGAAGAUAACUUGGUGAAUCAAAAGGUGUUGACAAGAUAUUUAACUAGAGUAGGUCUUGAGGUCGAUGUGGCUGUUCAUGGUGGCGAAUGUUUAGAGCUAUAUCAUAAGCAUCCAAAAGACUAUUAUUGCCUGAUUUUAUGUGACCUCUUUAUGCCUGUCAAAGGUAAGUUUGUAUAUGCAUUCGACAUAAUGUGUAACGUAUUUGGAAUAGACGGGUAUGAGACGACACGUGAAAUUCGGGGAUGGGAAAAGACAAACCUUGGACCCAAUGAGAAACCAAAGCCUAUCGUUGCUUUGUCUGCCAAUGUCAUGAGCGACGUAGCCAACAAGUGUUUAGAAUGUGGAUUCUCCACUUAUAUUUCAAAGCCUGUUAAUUUUGCUAUUUUAAGCGAUGUCAUACGAGGUUAUUUAUUGGAUGAAUAAAAACAUUUAUCCGCUUAUUUUUGCAUUAUACACCAAUACAAUUCCCGAUCGGCUUCC